AUGGAAAGAUUGACAAAUAAACUUAACCACCAAGCAACCACCAGUUUUCAACAGCAACUGUCAAUGAUGCAGCCGCCGUCGCUGCCGCCAUGGAGGCGGCUCACCGAAGAUGAAGAAACUUCAAUCAUGGUCGCUGCACUCAAGAAUGUUAUAAAUGGAGAUACUGCGACUGUUUAUAACCAACAGCAGGACUAUGAUCACCGGCAGUUCUCUCCGUUCAGCUAUGCUCCGGCGACACCUUUCGCCGUUAGUGAGCCAGUGGAUCCUGUUCCUCAAACGUGUCCGGUUUGUGGGAUUCGCGGAUGCCUGGGAUGUAAUUUAUUUACGGCUGAUAUGAAACAGAACGACGGAGGUAGUGGUGGUGCUGGUGGUCCGAUUAAGAAGACGAAGAAGAAUUACAGAGGAGUGAGACAGCGGCCGUGGGGAAAAUGGGCAUCGGAGAUUCGGGACCCACGUAAAGCAGCUCGGGUAUGGUUAGGUACUUUUGAGACUGCUGAAGCAGCUGCUCGGGCUUACGACAGAGCAGCGAUAGAAUUCAGGGGAGCCAGAGCGAAGCUCAAUUUUCCGGUGACUGAUUACACGACAAAACCGUUGUCGCAACUGGAAAACCAGCAGACAGCUGCAUCGUCAUCAAGAAGAAAACAAGAAACCGAGAAGAAACACGUCGUAGAAAAGAAAACAAAUGUUUUGGAGAAAGAGAGUGAAGAUUGGAUGAUGACGAUGAUACAAGACGUCGAUGUCGAUGGCGGUUUCCCCGACUUAACAAAUCUUGAAUCAAUCUAA